CUUCACUCCCCGCGCCUAUACUAUCCCUUAAUGCUCCCUCCUUUACCUCUGUGAGGUCAACUAUAUGUAAGUUCAACGUGGUUUUAUAUAGGACUUUGAUCUACAAAGGAGGAGGAGCAACAUUCAAAGAUAAGAACAAAGCGUGAAGCCAACAGUUCGAUAAAAUGUUAAAUUGGAUUACAGCUAAUAUGGAUUACCUGACAGGUGAAUCUGACCAUAUGGUUACAGAUGUGGUUUUGUCGACUGCACCGAGUCCUUCUGCUGCGCGCAAUAAUGAAACUCGAAAAGGUGCUGGAAGCUUUGGAACAAUUUUUUUAAUCGUGAACGCUACACUGGGAGCUGGAUUGUUAAAUUUUCCCCAAGCUUUCGACAGAGCUGGCGGAGUAGGAACUUCGAUAGUUGCUCAAAUUUUUUUCCUUAUAUUCAUUACAGUCGCACUAGUGAUAUUAGCCAGUUGUAGCGAUUAUACGCGCACCAACACUAUGCAAGAUACAUUUGCUGGACUAUGCGGACCUAAAGUGCUUAGAAUGUGCGGGAUCUUUGUAGUUCUUUACAGUUUUGGCUGUUGCUUAACGUUCUUAAUCAUUGUCGGCGAUCAGUUCGACCGAGUAUUUGUUACAUAUUAUGGACGUGACUAUUGUCACACCUGGUACUUAUCGAGACCAUUUAUAACAGUUUUAACUGGCACCGUGUUCGUAUUGCCGCUAUGCUUUUUUAAAAGACUUGACGUUCUGAGUUACGCGAGCUCUCUCGGUUGCGUGACCAUCGUGUAUGUUACGUGGUUGAUAGCUUACAAAAGUUUCACCGAUCAAAGCGACAGCGAGCAUAAAGUCAUAAAAAUUUGGCCAGACAACAAAUACGAAAUACUGCAUAUAGUGCCUAUUAUAUGCUUUGCUUAUCAGAGUCACAUGACAGCGAUACCAACUUACGCCUGUAUGCAGGACCGUAAUCUCAACAAAUUUACGCUGUGUGCUGUGAUAAGCAUGCUGAUCUGCUUCGGCGCGUAUACCAUUGUCGGUUAUUACGGCUAUAUCACGUUCGGCACUGGGAAUGUGCCGAGUGAUAUUCUACAAGGCUACACCGACAAAAGCGUUAUCCUGGCUGUUGCGAUAAUCGCCAUUGCCAUCAAGAGCUUCACUACCUAUCCCAUCGUGCUGUAUUGCGGCCGUGAUGCACUUCUUGGAAUGUUCAACGUGGACCUAGAUCGAAUCCGCAUCCGAGUUGGUGUCACGGUGGUGUGGUACCUCAUGUCGCUGAUCAUCGCUAUUCUGAUUCCGGACAUUUCGCAGAUCAUCAACUUGAUGGGAGUUCUGUCUGCGAUAUUUAUCUUCGUACUGCCUGGCGUCUGCCUGUUACAAAGCGUAGUUCUCAAGGAUCCGGAAUUGCAUUUGAACAAAGAUCGUUUCUUGAUUGCUUUCGCGAUCCUCUUAACCGUGCUCGGCGGUUUCGCGUGUGGCGUCGUCUUUGUCGAGGCUGUUCACGACCUGUUUAAAUCGCCGAUUAAACCGCCACUGGUCACCGGCUUUAGACAGCUCAAGGACAAUUUAUGCGUUUAAAUAUGCUUUAAGAAUUGUGCAAUAAGUGCAUGUGAGAUAUAUACGUGCGUAGUGAUAAUUUAUAUAGGAUUUGUAAUAUAUAGUAUAAUAUAUAGUAUACAAAAA